CAUGUCCUCAUCCGGGUGUCCCUGUGCCACCCCGGUGUCCCUGUCCCUGUCCCCAGGCACAUCUUCCUGGGUUUCUCCAAGUGCGGUCGCUACGUGCUGUCCUACACCAGCAGCUCCGACGACUUCUCCUUCUACCUGUACCACCUGUACUGGUGGGAGUUCAACGUGCACAGCAAGCUGCGCCUGGUGCGCCAGGUGCGGCUGUUCCAGGGCGAGGAGAUCUACAGCGACCUGUACCUGACCGUGUGCGAGUGGCCCGGGGACAGCGACAAGGUCAUCGUCUUCGGCUUCAACACGCGCUCGGCGCCGGGGCUGCUGGUGAACAUGAUGCUGAUGAGCGACGAGAAUCACCGCGACAUCUACGUCAGCGCCGUGGCCGUGCCCCCCCCGCGGCACUGCCCCGCCUGCCGCCGGCCCGCCGGGACCCCCGGUGAGACCCCAGACCCCCGAGACCCCCGGGGACACCGGUUCCCCGAUUUGCCCCCCGGGACCCCGCCCGAACCCGGUUACGUCAACUACACCAAGCUGCGCUACGUGCUGGAGCCCGGCGAGCCCCCCGACGAGCCGGAGGAUGACAAAAUCUCGCUGCCCUUCGUGGUGACCGACCUGAGCGGCCGCAGCCUGCGGCCCCUGCGCGAGCGAGCCACGGCCCAGGGGCAGUUCCUGACGGUGGAGCAGCUGACGCUGGAUUUCGAGUACGUCAUCAACGAGGUGAUCCGCAACGACGCCGCCUGGGCCCGCCAGUUCUGCUCCUUCAGCGACUACGACAUCGUCAUCCUCGAGGUGGGGCCCGCGACCCCCCGGGACCCCCGGGACCCCCGGGGCCACCCUGGGACUGGGGGGGUCUGGGGAUCUGGGGUCCCUGUGGUGGGUCUGGGGUCCCAGUGAGCCCCCAGCCCCCCGCUGUGCAGCGGCAGCGUGUGGAGCUCGUACCGCAAGGGCUGCGUGGACACCGUGAUGCGCUGGCUCGUGCCCGAGGGCGCCGGGCGCGGCGUGCACAGGAUGACCAACGAGGCCCUGCACAAGGGUGGGGCUGGGGUCCCUGCUGCGGUCUGGGGGUCCUCAUGGG